AUGACGGGGGACGCGUUCUGGCUGUCUUCACCCUCGUCGUUCAACGUUGGUUUGGACUCUCCACAACUAGCAGCAGCAAAAGUCACCCUCGCCGCCCUUGCCCCCUGGUGGGAACAAUGGCAAACGAUUGUACUGUGGUCUGCAGGCCUUUUGCCCAUCUUCUCCUCCUUGCCGGCGCGCGGGUCGAAACAAGAACAACCGGCCAUGACAGACGUUGCCUCUCUUGCCAAUCAUCCACCAGAUUCCCGAUUUCCGCCCCCUAUCAAUGCGCAAUCGAUGGGGGAGAGUGAACUCAGAACUCGCGCAGAUGUUCCCUCCAACAGCAGCCGAUUCCGAAUCAUUCUGGCAAACGAACAGAGUGAUGAAUGCAUCGGCUAG